AUGUCAAGGUUACGUUUAGAUGUGUAUGAUUCCGAGAGCGAGAAUGAAACCACAUCACCAGCCAAUGUUUCGACUGAAUCUAAGAUGAAUAUUCCGACAAACGCAACUUCCGAGAUUAUCGAUCUCACUAAUGAUGAUACUCCCAGUGGAAGCGAUAUACCUGCCCCUACCGGAAAACCCGUUUCCACGACACUUGAGGGUCAACAUAGUGAUGACUUGGUUACUAUAUACCAAUCAACAAUCGGAACGACUACCAAAAUGAUUGGUAAAAUAGGUCAAAACAAAUCUGCUAUCCGUGAAAAUUACAACGAGGUCAUCAAACCAAUUGGUCUUCCGAAGAGACUUACAAAUCCCUACUCGAAUUGUUUUUGGGAAUUUUGCAUUCGGAAAGCCGAUGAACCUUGCUAA